GCUCCGAGGACUUGGGACCUGUUAGGUUGGCUGGGCGACUUGCAAAUACUUCCUUCCGCGGUGUAGACGCCUGGGCUGAGAAAUUGGUUCCGAACCCAGCGGAACCCAGGGCCAGGAAACGCCAGAUCACGUGGCCGGCGGCCUCCAUGACGUGGGGGCUGCGGGGCGUCGCCGCGACGUUCGGGCGACCUUCCCAGUGGCCAGGCUACCUCCACCGCCUGUGUGGUCGCGGUGCUGCCAUGGACCUGGGACCCAUGCGCAAGAGUUACCGCGGGGACCGAGAGGCAUUUGAGGAAGCUCAUCUGACCUCCCUGGACCCAAUGAAGCAGUUUGCUGUCUGGUUUGAGGAGGCUGUUCAGUGUCCUGACAUAGGGGAAGCCAAUGCCAUGUGUCUGGCUACCUGUACCAGGGACGGAAAACCCUCUGCCCGCAUGUUGCUGCUGAAGGGCUUUGGCAAGGAUGGCUUCCGCUUCUUCACUAACUUCGAGAGUCGAAAAGGAAAAGAGCUGGACUCGAAUCCCUUUGCUUCCCUUGUCUUCUACUGGGAGCCCCUUAACCGUCAGGUGCGUGUGGAAGGCCCUGUGAAGAAGCUGCCUGAGGAGGAGGCUGAGUGCUACUUCCACUCUCGCCCCAAGAGCAGCCAGAUUGGAGCUGUGGUCAGUCACCAGAGUUCUGUGAUCCCUGAUCGGGAGUAUCUGAGAAACAAAAAUGAGGAACUGGGGCAGCUCUACCAAGACCAAGAAGUGCCUAAACCAAAAUACUGGGGUGGCUACAUCCUGUACCCACAGGUGAUGGAGUUCUGGCAAGGCCAAACCAACCGCCUGCACGACCGCAUCGUCUUUCGGCGAGGCCUCUCUGUAGGAGAUUCCCCUCUGGGGCCCAUGACCCACCGCGGGGAGGAAGACUGGCUCUAUGAGAGACUUGCCCCUUGACUCUGGAUCUGCCACGGUGGAGCUGGGGCCGGGUGCUGAGAGAGGGUAUGAGAUUGGGAGCCAGGCCCUUCUAAACUCAACCCAUUUCCCUCCCACCCCUAUAGUUAGGAUUCUUCAGAACUCAUCCUCCAAAAUGUCUGUACUUAGCUGGCUCUCAGUUUGCUGGUCAAGUGGAGUGUAGCAGUGUCAGAGGAUCUCAAAUGGGAAAUAAUCCCCUAAUUAUUUCUUGACCUUGCAUAUGAUUUGUUGGACCUGCUCUCUCUAUGGGUAGCAGCUGGUGUAACUUCCUUUCUAAUGAACCAGCAGCCCUGUCUGUUACCAUGUGAGCCAUACUGGCCAAAGCCAAUUGGUCCCAGUUGGCACCUGAGCCAAUCUAGCCAAUCAGGUUGUUUUGUUGAUAAUCUGAAAUUUGGCCAUGUGGGUGGUUCACACCUAUAGUACCAGCAUUUGAGAGGCUCAGGCAGGAGGAUCACUUGAGUCCAGGAGUUCAAGAAUCAGCCUGGACAAUAUAGUGAGACCCCAUCUCUCUUAAAAAAAAAUGGAAUUUGAAAUGCCAAGACCCAGAGCCUUGGGAGUCAUUGUAGCCAAGUCAUUAAUGACAGUGAAGAAGCAACAGCCUCUGGCUGCUACUGUUGUAAUUCCCUGAGCUGCCCAGCAUUUCCCUUACUGAUUGCUGCCUUCCAUUAUUUGAAGCACAGCAAUGUGGAAAAGAGAUUAAAUUUAUUCUCUGUAGCUCCAAGGGACCCAGAGGUGAAAGUUGCAGAGAAGUAGGUCUCAUCUCAAUAUGGGGGAAGUGUUCAAACAAUCCAACCUGCCUAAGAGGGAGUGUUCUGUCACUAGACGUUUUCAAUCCCAGUCAGUCAGGAAUUUUGUAGAAAGGAUUUAUAUGCCCGUAUCAACAGGCCAGGAAGUUUUUAAUCAAGCUUUUUUAUUUUUUUUUGAGACAGAGUCUCGCUUUGUUGCCUAGACUAGAGUGAGUGCUGUGGUGUCAGCCUAG